AUGGCUGUGGUGCACAACGCUAGAGACAGAGAGGAGUCGGCCGCCUUCCCUGAGAUCAUCGAGCUCAAUGUGGGAGGCCAGGUGUAUAUCACCCGUUACCCCACCCUGGUCAGUGUUCAGGGCUCCCUGCUCUGGGAAAUGUUCAGUCGGAAGAGUCCCCUCUGCUUGGCCCACGACAACAAAGGGCGGUUCUUUGUGGAUCGAGAUGGCUUCCUCUUUCGUUAUGUGUUAGACUAUAUGAGAGACCACCAGCUGGUGCUACCCGACCACUUUCCAGAGCGGAGCCGGCUCAAGAGGGAGGCCGAGUACUUCCGACUGCCUGAGCUCGUCAAGAUCCUGGCCCCCGAGACUGGAAACAACAGCUUGGUGGCAGCCGAUGACCUGGAAGAGCAAUACUCCAACUAUACCUCCUUCAGUGGCCCAGGGGGCUCCCCUGGGGCUGGUGCCGUGGCAGGGGCCAUCCGCAAAGGUGGUUACAUCACCCUUGGCUACCGGGGUUCCUAUACCCUAGGCCGGGAUAGCCAAACCGAUGCCAAAUUUCGUCGUGUGGCCCGAAUCAUGGUGUGUGGCAAGAUCUCCUUGGCCAAAGAAGUAUUUGGCGAAACCCUGAAUGAGAGUCGGGACCCGGACCGCCCUCCCGAGCGGUACACUUCCCGAUACUACCUCAAAUUCAACUACCUAGAGCAAGCCUUUGAUAAACUGGCCACUGCCGGUUUCCACAUGGUAACGUCCAACUCGACGGGCACCUGUGCCUGUGCUCAGGACCAGAGCGAUGACAAGAUCUGGACCUCUUACACCGAGUAUAUUUUUUACCGCGAGUGAUACUCAGAGACACUGCCUCCACUGCCUCUGCCGCCUCCACCACCACCCAACAAAGAGAAGCCACUGAGUUCUGACUCCCCUUCCCACCAUGGGCUGAUGCUAGCUCUCUUCUUCCCAGAGAGACUUUGGUGGCCUGGGCUCUCAGCCUCCUUGGCCCACUGUCCUGAGAGUCACUCCCUUGUCUCGAGCCUUCUUGCUUCUGGCCUGGCAUGGGCUCCUCCGUAUACAUAUAUGUGUCCACAUAAACAUAUCGCCCUGGCAGGUCAGGGACCUAGGGGAGGUGUGGGGCCUGGGAGAUGGAUGAAUGCCCUGAGUGGCACAAGGUAGAACCCCAAGGCUGCCAACAACCUCCACCCCCUCCUCAGCACUUCCUUCCUUGUGGGUUUGUGAUCUCUAUGACUGGAUGCCUUGGGUCCUGGGUGGGAGGCUCCUAGGCUCUAGCAGCUCCUAGGCUUGCUCACCAUCCAGAAACAUCCUAUAGGCAAUGGUCCCACAAGGCCAAGUGGACAGAUGAAGACAAUAGCCCCUGAGGGCCCCAAGCAGCUUGACAUUUGGGGGAGGGGGGCAGGUGGAGGUGGGGAGGAAAGGGGAGGGAGGGGGGCUUCUGGCAGAAGUCAGUGAAACUAGUGUAGUGGAGAGGGGGGCAUGUGGGAUGGGUAGUCCAGAGGCUACUGAGAGUGAGGUGAGUGAAGGGCUGAGUGAAAGAGGGCAAAUGGAGGCUCAGGUGUGCCUCAGUGUGGCCAGGGGACAGGGCAGGGGAAGCCCUCCUCUGGCUGUCUCUAGGUCUCCCGCAGUGACAGCCAGUGCUUUCUGUGUUGGCUGGCCCUGGCACUCCCUGGGCACAUGCAAUAAAGGAAGAAAUAAUAAAGACCCCUCCCUUUC